UAUGGCAACCGCACUGCCGUGCUGUUUUUAAGCAAACCUGUGCUCCGGCGGGGGGAGCUCUUUGGUUACUAGGGUUACACAGAAUGAGGCGGCUGUGGAGAUGCCUGCUCUAAAACCUCGGGGGGGAUGAGGAGGGCAGAAAACGCCAACACAAAGAAAGAGUCCGAGGCCCUGUCGGAGAAUGUUUCCAGCUCCUGUAACAGCUCCAUGGAUCCAGCCUGGCAGAAAUGUUAGUGUUCGGCCUGGUUCGUGUGAAACGAGCCUCCGGUUCGUUUUACAGAAAACGGACACCAUGAAGGAAGUGGAUAAUGUCCAUCACAACACUGAAAGUCUGUCUUUGGAGGAGAAAGUGCAGAUGAAACAGCUCGGUGUCCACCAGCCGCAGGAUGUUGGUAGACCCCAAACAGCUGCAGAUGUUCGGCCCUUGGAGGUGAUGAAAGAGAAGGUUCCCUGGAGCCCCAGUACGGAUCAGCAGAACCCAGAACCCGUUCACAUAAAAGAAGAAGAGGAAGAACUCUGGAUCAGUCAAGAGGGGGAGUAUCAUUAUGGGUUGGACGAAAACGAGUACAGCCGACUCCCAUUAACUGUUAUCGUGAAGACUGAAGAUGAGGAAGAGGAACCUCAGACUUCACAGCUUCAUCAAAGCCAAACUAACGCCAGAGAGUUUGCCAGAGAGGUUGAGCGUCCAACCAGCAGCUUUAAAUGGAUCAAAAAGGAAACUGAUGGAGAGGACUGGGGACGGCUGGAACUGGUUAGGAAACCACGUGUUCCAAGACCAAAGAGUGGCGCGGAGGGUUUAGACACCCCCGAGACUGAAUUUAGUGAAGAAGACGAUUGGCAGGAACCUUUGUCAGAGACCGACUCGGGGUGUAAGGGAAGCGGAGCAACAGAGUUGGGAGCAGGCAGCGAUAACGGAUGCAGCGCUGUUAAAAAGCCGUUCAGCUGCCCAGAGUGUGGUAAACAGUUUCUGUACAGGCAGUCUCUGAAGAGACACAUGAGACGCAACAUAGAAAAAAGCUCCAACUGUUCGGUUAAUCUGAAAUGUUCCGAAGUGAAGCAAAGUGCAGAUUCAAAGACCAAAGUCCAUACGGGGAAGAAAAACUUCAGCUGCGAUAUGUGCGGAAAAACUUUCAGAGAUCAUUUCAGCCUGAAAUCUCACAUGAGAGUCCACUCUGAGGAAAAGCCCUUUGGCUGCGAAAUUUGUGCCAAGUGCUUCAAGCAUGAGCACAACCUGAAGAUACAUAUGAGAAUCCACACAGGAGAGAUGCCGUUCAGCUGCGAAGUUUGCGGUAAAAGGUUUAAGCAUCAGCACAAUCUGAAGACGCACAUGAGAAUCCACACUGGGGAGAAGCCUUUUGUGUGCGACAUCUGUGGCAAAAGAGCAAGACACCAGAACAACCUGAAGACGCACAUGAUAGUCCACAGAGGGGAACGACCCUUCGGUUGUGAUCUCUGUGGCAAGAAGUUCAACCGUAAAACGAGUCUUAGGGCGCACAUGACGGUUCACACGGGCGAAAAACCGUUUGCUUGUGAUAUCUGCGGUAAAAGCUACAAGCGCAAAACGCACCUUCGGACUCACAUGACCGUCCACAAUGAAGAAAAGCCUUUUGGUUGCGACGUCUGCGGUAAGAGGUUCAAUCGUAAAACGCAUCUCGGGACGCACAUGGCGGUCCACACCGGCGAGAAGCCUUACAGCUGUGACUUCUGCGGUAAAAGGUUCACCCGGAAAACGCAUCUAGAUUCCCACAUUACGGUUCACACAGGAGAAAAACCUUUUGGCUGCGCCGUGUGUGGGCAAGAAUUCUCCCAGCAGGGAAGUUUAAACAGACACAUGACAUUACACUUGGGAUAAAAGCACAUUUAGAGAAAAAACCUGGAGGUAAAACCUAAAGCUAAUUUCUUCACUUCCAUGACAGAGGUGGCUUGUCUUAUUGUAUGCCUUUUUUGUAGAUUUUGACUUUAAUUACUACAAGUAUGAGCUUUAUAACUCUAACUGUGCGAGAGGAUGGAGAAGCUGAGCUAAGAUGCAUUUACCCUUGGUUGGUACUGUUCAGAAACACCAAGUAAAUCAUGCUCAUUGUUAAUGUCGCUCCUGUUUCAAGCAAAUUUGUUUUUUUUUGUACAAUUUGUAACUCAUCUUUGGUAGCGUAACACACAUGAUGAGUUGGAGUAUAGAAAUAAUUGUUAGCUAUCACUUUGAGGUAUUUGGUUCUCAAAGCUCUUUAAUCUUACCAAUGAAGCAAUACUUUGCUAAAUGACCACCAGCACACCUACUUGACAAAUCAAAUCAGAAAUUGAAACCAAAAUUAUUGGUUAAAGAACAUGAAUUUAGCAUUUAAAGACUCUAAGACUGAAAGUAAGUUGGAGUAAGGAGACAUAUUUUUUCUAUUUUGGUGGAUUCAAGUUUCUGACUAAUAAGUUUAUGCACUAGUAUAGUUUGGCAGAUCAUGACCAACUGAUUAUCCAGUUGUAAAAAUGACUGAGCCUAACAGUCACUUGUAUACAUACAUAGAUGUAUUUAUAUUCCUGGGUUAUUAUUUUCACAUACCUUUUAAAUAUAAAGCAGAGAAGCAGAAUAUGACCAAGUGCGUUUAUGAAAAAAUGUCAGUAUAUGGAUGUCUAAAGCAUAUAAAUAAGUUGUAUUUGACUUAAAUAAACUUUGUUUUUC